AUUUUAUAAGUAAUCAUGAGACUACAAGCACACCUCUGAGGAUGAAAAUAGGACUUUGCUGAUUAUUCAAAUCUAAAGGGCCUUCCCCUUUCCUCAAAAAAUAUUUACAUAUGACCAACAUAAAUGCUGCCUGCUGUGUAAUAAAGUGCAUUCGCAUUUCGCAUUGGCGAAAGAUGUUUUUCCAUUUAUGGCUUUUACUUUACAUGACUCCUAUAGCGGUGGCAAAGUGUGCCAAUAAUUAUUAUUACGAUGGACUAAUCGAGGAUUGCCAGCCGUGCUCCAUUAGAUGCAAGUCUCCCCCCUCUAUCUGUGUGACAUAUUGUAAAUCUCCAGCAUCCUCUGCUAACGAAGCUGGAGGGAAUCGAAAUAUUCGUAUAAUCCUCAUUGUGUUACUCGUGUUCCUUGGCGCUUUCAUUACACUGACUUUAAUUCAGGUUGUGCGCAGGAAGGCCUGCAGACCAGUCAUCAAAGCCAAAGCUCAACAGCAAGAAUCAUCAGACAGUGAUGGAGGUUCUGUGUCAACUGAAAAGUCAGAUGAUGGAUCACCUGACAUGGAAUAUGGCACAUGCAAAACUGACUGCAACACCAACCUUCCACUCCCCUCGACAGAGGAGGGCACCACCAUGUUAGUCACCACAAAGACAGUGCAGACAUAUAACUGCAGAACUCAGUAUACAGAGGAUGUAACAUUAGGUGUCUGGACAACUGAAAUCGUAUAAGAAGUACCUGAACUACAUUUUAGUUACAGUCUCCGCAACACAUCAUCACUGUAAAUUGCACAAACAAACACAAAAAAAAAAGCAAAAUGUUUACAUAUGUUUUUCAAGAGGCUGAAUAUCUGGAUCAGGUGUAAUGGGUUUGGGGUUUACCUGAACCAAGCAGUAGAGUAAAUCUCCAGCAGCACAAAUGGGCACUGCUGAAGUCUGCUACAGAUUGAGUAUAGGCUUCUACCUGGGAUUUAAGCACAUCCUGUGUAAAAGGAAUGUAGGCUGCUUGUGCAUUAUGGAACAUCUUGAUGAUCACGAUAAUCUUUUUUAUUUAAACCCAGAUCGACAAUGGAUCCUUUGACCAUUUACAGAGAAUAUUGUUAGUUUAAUUGCUUCCAAAUCAGAUUCACAACAGUAUUAUGUAUAGAGAGUACUGUGCAAAAGUCUUAGGCACUUUAUUAUUAUUAUUAUUUUUUUGGAGUACAAACUUUGUGAUAGACGUUUACUUUAUGAUUUUUAGAUUAUCGAGUCAGUUCAAAAACAUUUUAGAUUUCCAAACAUUACUUUCCUAGCACCAAAGUGAAUGAUUUGAAAACAGAAAAAUGUUUGAAUAUCAGUAAAGAAAGCAGCGUAUUAUACACGAGAACACUUUUGACGAAAAUACAUCAUGAAGGCUGUUGGGUUUUGCUGCAAAAAUAAGAAACAAGUGUGACAAAGUCUCCAGAAGAACUGGGGCUCAUUCCUGAGACUACUAUUUUUAUAUUGUACUGACUUUGCUUUAUUUAUUACUGUUUAGUUCUCUUUCUAGCAUUUUUUUAAAUGUAGAAACAUUUAAUUUAUUCAGAAAUAGUAGUCUCAGGGACAGUUUGCGUUCGAAUGAAAUUAGCUGAUGAGUUUUACUGAGUAUCUUGCAGAACGAGCCACAGUUUUCUGAACACUUUUAGCUACGACACCAGCCUUACAUGAUGCGCUGCUUUCUUUACUGAUGUACGAACGUUUUCUGUAACAUUUCAUUUUGUGCUGGAAAUCUAAUGUUUGGAAAUCUAAAAUGUUUUUGUACCGACUUGAUAAUUGGUAAGUCAUAAAAUAAUUAACAAUUAUUCCGCGAAACUGAGUCGUACUUGAGCUGAUAGCCAACGUUUUGUUUUUGAGUCGUUUUUAUUUCGUCCUCUAUUGGUUCACUCUACCAUUUUGUUUUUCUCUACUCACUGUAUAUGAGCUGAUAGCCUAGUAGUAGCCAAUCAUAGCGUGCGAUUGCUCAUAUCCAGUGAAUAUGGAUAGAAAAAAAAAAUCUAUAAACAGGUUUGGACUAAAAAAAAGGUGCCUAAGACACAUGCACAGUGCUGUAUAUUACAGAACAGAACAUGUAUUUUGUAUCUAAUCUGGAUAAAGCCAUACUGGGCUUGUAAUGACAAUAUUAUUUGCUCAAUAAAACCUUUGUCU